AUGAAUGACGAACUUCAUGCUUUAGUAGCCUCCGCUGAGCCGGCGGCGCGGUCGUUGAUGGUGACGGAUGAGCACGCGGCGCGCACGGCCUUAACGAACGACGAGAGUGAAGACCGCGACGCCGCCGGCAAGGCUGCUGCUGCGGCGGAAAGGGACCUCGUCGACGCCGCCGCCGGCUACAAUGCGGAGUACCGCGAGCGAAUGAUGGCCAAAGCCCUGCCCGAUUUUAACGUGCCGCCGCCACGGCCCUUCAUUGGCUUCUCGCUGGCCGAAGAUGUGAAACGAGGGAUUUUGGUGGUGGAUGGGUUGUACAAGGGCGGGCCGGCCUACCAAACGGGCAUUCGCAUUGGGGACAUCCUGCUGCGUGUCUGCGGCGUGGCGGUGAACACGAUUGCUGAGGCCCGCCGGGUGGUGGACGCGCGCUGCCGCUGCGGCCGCGUAGCGCCCUUCACCCUCGUUACCCAGAUGAACCAGCAGUACAGCGUGGCGUUGUGGAUCAUGACGGCGGAUCCUCAGCACAGCGAAAAGCCCUUCUUUUUUGAUGUCCACCUGCACGACCGUCUGGAGAGCCCGCGCAAGAAGAACAUCGUCGAGUCGAUGGACGUGCUGCGAACGCCGGCCGUGUCCGCCGACAACACACCACGCACGUCACCUGCGCGCGAGACGACGCCGCGGUCGCGGCAAGAGCUGUAUGUGUCACCCGCCUCUUCAUUUGCCGCCGUGACCCCGCAGCGGCCUACGAUGCCGGCGCCAAGGAGCUCACACCGCCGCGGCAACGACGACAGCGGUGGCUUUGACGAUGAUGUGAGGUCGGCGGCAACGGCGACGGGCUCAAACGGACUGUCGCCGGGGCGGGGCGAGUCGAAACCGCGGCACCGUAUGCUGCAGAACUGA